AAAGCCGUAUAGGAAGAGAAGCACAACCGUGGGUGCCCGCAACGAUGAAAGGUUCGCCACGCUCGCGAGAACCGCAGAUAAGCCAUCGGACUAUGUCCUGAAUAGCGGUUUACAUAGCUGGGAUUGUGUACCGAUCAUACGAGCCGCCAAGCAGGGGUAAAAUAUGUCCGCCUCGGUGGGGCCCCGCGGCGGCCCUCGCCCACCCACAGCGCAGAGCUCAUUCCCCGAGCUGCCGGACCUCAGUCACCUCACCGAGGAGGAGAGGAAUAUCAUCAUGGCUGUGAUGAUUCGGCAGAGGGAGGAAGAGGCGAAGGACGAGGCCAUGUUAAAAGAGGAGAAGCCCAUACAAGCAAAAAAGGUGAACCUGGUUGGGAACAAGAAACCCCAGCAGCAGAAUGACAUCAGUUUGCACCAGCAGUUUCCCAACUACAAGGAGCAGGUGAGGCGGAUCGGGCCGGAGACCCAGCAAAGGCAGCAGGGCCAACACAAGGAUGUCACCCCCACCUGUGGCAUCUGCCACAAGACCAAGUUUGCUGAUGGCUGCGGAAACCUGUGCUCCUACUGCCAGACUAAGUUCUGUGCCCGGUGUGGGGGAAGGGUCUCUUUGUGUUCUAAUAACAAGAAGGAGGACAAAGUGGUAAUGUGGGUAUGUAACCAGUGCCGUAGGCAGCAGGAUAUGCUAACUAAAUCAGGAGAAUGGUUUCCCAGCCAAGGGCCCAAGUCUGCAGAGCUGGGGUCAGCCGUGAGUGAACCAGCCAUGUGUGGAGACCCUUUUGAGGAGAAGAAGGCGCACUCUAGGUCUCAGAAUCCUCUCGGCUCCUCCGUUUCCACUGCCCAUAACACCCAGCCACCUGCCCCAACUGACCACAGCAAAGGCCCCUCUACCGGGCCAGCUGAUACGGCAUCAUCGCGAUCAUGCAGUGAGCCUCCACAAGAUAGAAAAAAGCCACCAGCAGCCUCUGAUCAAAAUGAAAAGACUGGACCAAGAAGUGAGAGGCGGCGAGGUCUGUCCAGAGUCCAAUCCCAGGGUUCCGAAGAGCGGGCGGCUGGAGAAAAUCGGAGAGAAAGUCGAAGAAUGGUUAAGGCUCGCUCUCAGGAGCACAAUGAUUCUGAGCGGGAGAGGGGAAGGGCUGCGCCCAGGAGGAACGAAGGGGGACAGAGACCACCCUUGGAGCAGUGCAAGAGUGACCCAAGUGCUCCACAUCACCCGGUCAAUCUUCGGCCGGCGGAGCCUGAUGGACGUAGUAUGCACCCUAAGCCAAGGGAAACAGGGGAGAUCGGGCAGGACAAUAGAGGUGCGCGUAGAUGGGCAGAUGAGCGGCAAGCCUCGCUGGAUGGCCAGCAACAGGCAUUCAUGUCCGAGAGGACUGCGGGGGGUACAGGGAUGCAGGGUGUGCCUGCCGUGCAGGGUCCUCCCCCUAAAACGAACCACACCCCACAGCCGCCAGCACCGGGGUUCCGGGUGGGCCCUGCCAUGCCUGCCAGCCCACCUGAGCUCAGGGAGCCCCAGGAAUGGGAAAGGAAGUUGCAGCCGAACCACCUUGACCCUGGCUCGGCUGCACUAUUGCGGAAAUCGAAGCGACAAAAAGCUGAGAGCAUGCUGCGCAAUGAUUCGCUCAGCUCCGACCAGUCAGAGUCUUUACGACCACCCCCACCCCGACCCUACAAGAGCAAACGGGGCGGAAAUAAGAGGCAGAUGUCUGUCAGCAGCUCAGAGGAGGAGGGUGGUUCGACGCCAGAGUACACCAGCUGUGAGGAUGUGGAGAUUGAGAGUGUCAGCGAGAGAGGGGACUUGGAGUGCUGUCCACUGGCCUCCACCACGUGGAAUCAUCCAGUUACAUGGCAGCCCUCCAAGGAAGGUGAUCAUUUAAUUGGCAGAAUAACUUUAAGCAAGAGAACAGCCAUGCCAAAAGAGGCUGGGACUUUGCUGGGUCUAAAGGUAGUGGGGGGAAAGAUUACAGAAACUGGGAGACUUGGGGCAUUCAUCACCAAAGUCAAGAAAGGAAGUCUGGCUGAUGUGGUGGGCCAUCUUCGGGCCGGCGAUGAGGUGCUUCAGUGGAAUGGUAAAUCAUUACCAGGAUUAACCACAAAAGAAGUUUACAAUAUAAUCUUGGUUUCCCAAACAGAACCACAAGUUGAAUUAGUAGUUUCAAGGCCAAUCGGUGAUAUACCACGAAUACCAGAAACAUCACACCCUCCAUUAGAAUCUACAGGUUCAAGUUCAUUUGAGUCACAGAAGAUGGAAAGACCCUCUAUAUCUGUCCUGUCCCCAUCCAGCCCAAGUGGUCUUCGAGACGCCCCUCAGUUACUGCCUGGACAGCUGUCGGUAAAAAUGUGGUAUGAUAAGGUUGGCCAUCAGCUGAUAGUGAACGUAUUGCACGCAAUAGACCUGCCGCCCAGACGAGAUGGACGACCCAGAAACCCCUACGUCAAAAUGUAUUUCCUUCCCGAUAGAAGUGAUAAAAGCAAGAGAAGGACGAAGACAGUAAAGAAAAGUCUGGAGCCUAAGUGGAACCAGACGUUUGUGUACUGUCAUGUCCACCGGCAGGAUUUCAGGGAGCACAUGCUGGAGAUCACUGUGUGGGACCAACCCCGAAUACAAGAGGAGGAGAGUGACUUUCUGGGAGAGAUCCUGAUCGAGCUGGAGACUGCCCUGUUGGAUGAUAAACCUCAUUGGUACAAGCUUCAGACACAUGACGUCUCUUCCAUUCCGCUUCCACACCCAUCCCCAUUCCUGCCUCGUCGACACGGCCACACAGACACACCCACCAAGAAGCUGCAGCCUAUAGAGAACCGAUUAAGGGAAAGGGAAAGGAACAGAGACCGAGAAAGAGAGAGAGACCGGGCAACAACGUUAGAGGUUCCGGAGCAGCAGAGGCCAACACAGUAUCGCUCGCGGUCUGUGUCCCCGCACAGAGAGGAAGAGACUAGGGGACGGUCUCGCCCACCCAACAUCCCUGCACAGAGGAGUCUGGAUGAGGUCCAGCACAGCCGUAGAUCCCGCUCCCCAACACGCUACAAGGACCGCACCCAUGUGCAAGAGAGAGAAUACGUAGAUGACAGCUCCACACUUCCUUCAUGCCUUAAGUCAAAGUCACGGCUGACUGUAGUCACUGCAACUCAAUGUACAGUCACACGCCGAGACAAGAUCAUCAUUAGUGAUCUACAACCCUUUCUUGACAGGGUUAGAAGUGCUAGUACCAACUGUCUGAGACCAGGUUCUUAUUCCAAUUCACCUGAACGAGACAGGAGCACGCAGUCUCUGCCCCGUACCAGACCCACGAGUCCCAGGAUCCUAAUUCAUCAUGCCUCCCCAGAAGAAGACAGGCAGUCGAGAACUCUGGACAAGCCUAGCUGUCAGAAACUUGGCAAGAGAAUAUCUGACAGUGAGCGGGUGAAACCGCACUCCGGCCCCUCAUUCUCCUCAUCAACAGCGGCCUCUUCAUCUACACGCAAAGUCAGACAGUUACCCCAAGUCCCCGCCAAAAGCAGCAGUGUAGAGCAAGCUCUUGCUUCAGAGGAGCGAACGCGGCAAAUGAAAGUACGUACCUUCCGAACCCCAGCUCCUUCCAGUACCAGCCAGGAUCUGGAGAGGGAGCUCAAGAAUAAACGAGAGCUUUAUAAGGAGCAGCAACAGAGCUGUGACAAUGUGUCCCAUAAAUCCUCAGACAGUGAUGUCAGCGAUGUGUCAGCCAUCUCUCACGCCAGCAGUGCCUCACGGAUCAGUAGCACCAGCUACAUGUCCAUCCAAUCAGAACGGCCCAGGGGUUGCUUCAGCCGCCACAUUCGUCCAUCCAGCCACAGCAUGCUGAAGAGUACAAGUGUUAGUGGGGAAAUCUACUCUCUGGAGCGUACGGAUGGCAGCCAGUCAGACACAGCUCUUGGAACACUAGGAGCAGGAGGGAAAAAGCGCAGAUCCAGCCUUAGUGCACGGGUAGUCGCCAUUGUGGGCAUUCCCUCUCGCCGCAGCAGGAGUACCUCUCAGCUCAGUCAGACGGAAGCCGCCAACAAGAAGGCAAAGGGAUCCAGUCAGAUCCAGCGCAGUCAGGAGACGGGUAUGGCAGUGGAAUAUCCCCGCAAUGCCAUGGCCCGCCAAGCCAGCCGAGAGUCCACCGAUGGCAGCAUGAACAGUUACAGCUCUGAGGGCAAUUUGAUCUUCUCAGGGAUGAGGUUGGGGGCCGACAGUCAGUUUAGUGACUUCCUGGAUGGUCUUGGCCCUGCUCAAUUGGUGGGUAGGCAAACACUUGCCACGCCUGCUAUGGGAGAUGUUCAGAUUGGACUGAUGGAUAAGAAAGGGCAGCUGGAGGUAGAGGUCAUCAGGGCCCGUGGUCUUACACCUAAACCAGGUUCCAAAUCGCUUCCGGCUCCCUAUGUCAAGGUCUAUUUGCUGGAAAAUGGAUCAUGCAAAGCCAAAAAGAAAACCAAGAUUGCACGAAAAACGCUUGAUCCUUUGUAUCAGCAAUCACUGCUGUUUGAGGAAAGUCCACAGGGUAAAGUUCUCCAGGUAAUAGUCUGGGGAGAUUAUGGGCGCAUGGACCACAAAUGUUUCAUGGGAGUUGCACAGAUUCUUUUAGAAGAGCUGGAUCUUUCUAGCACAGUGAUUGGUUGGUACAAACUGUUUCCCCCCUCAUCAUUGGUUGACCCAACGUUAGCUCCUCUCACUCGCCACACUUCCCAGACAUCACUGGACUCUUCAGGGCCACCAGGCACCAGGUCCUAGUAAACCGAUGAAGGCGCAAUGCAAAACACGAUCCAAUGGACCAAGGACCCGAGGCAACAAUCAGAGCCAGAGCGGCAGAUACAGAGACAGAUGGACAGAAUCAUGAUCAAAGAUUUGCUGAAGCCUGACAAUCACUUCUCUCUUUUACUUUUGAUCUUUGGGUUGUAAAGAUUUCCUUUGAUCCACUCUGCUCCUUACUGCAUGUUUUGUUGACAAUUCGACCCAAAUAAAAGAGAAGGAACACGAGGCCACUGAAAUGUGAUCUGCUUCAUUUGACAGGGAGUGGUGCUGGUAACUUAGAUCGCUCUGGUCAGUCAGCACAUUUGUUCUCUAGCCAUGUACGGAGUCUUUCAGAAAGGCAGUGAUAUGGCAGAGAAUCGGUGAGAGAGAGUGGACAGCACUGCCCCUCCUCUAUAUUGCACUUAUAGGAAGUCACUCUGCUGAGAGAGACCAGAGGUCUAGUUUUAAAAGGUCAAGAUUUAGUCUUCUCAGAGAGUUUCCUCUCUACAUCAAGGAUGCUGUGUCCGAGCACAAACUCAGACUCAGAUUGUGUGAUUGUGUGUGUGUGUGAGUGUGUGUGUUUGUGUUUAAGAAAGCAGGGACGCCUGAGAACCUUUUAAGUCUGUUUACAGCAGUUACCACUGGCUGCUUUGCCUUUUCACUUUACUGUUGAUUUGGUAAAUAGGCACACUUUGUAGAAUGUGAAAACAUGUUUCAUGUUUUCUGACAUUUGUGUCAUAUGAACUUCAUGGAAGACACAAAACCACUUGUAUUUGAACACUGGGACUUUAAGAAGCUGCCACUAUAACUUAGGUUUUUUUUUUUUUUUUUUUUUUUUUUUUUUUUCAACCCUACCAGGAAUCUACAGGAAUGGUCAACUCUUGCAUUAGCUCACUAAUUCUUUUGAAUUCCAACAACUUUGGGUUCUUGCCAUCACAACGCAUAUACGUAUUACUGGCAUUUCAGAGCAUUUUUAUUCUGUUUUGUUUGGUAAAGGGCCUGUACAUAUCAAGAUUAUAAUUUCUACACAACUAAAGUCUACAUUAUUUUAAUGCAAGUGCAAUUGCUUGAUUUUUGAACAACAACAACAACAAAAAAAUCAAUCUUUUUUGGGAAAAACCCCCAAAAGAGGCCAAAUUAUCGUAUGCUUCCUAUUUUUUUUUUUUUUUUUUUUUUUUUUAGCUGUUUGUCAUUUGUUUAGAGUUUAGUUUUUAAUAAAAUAAAUCUCACAGAUCCCCCUGAACAUUUGAAUGAAUGUGACAGUGGGUGAGAGGUGGUCUCGGAAGAUGACCACUCACCACCAACAAGGGGAACAGCAUGAAUCUGGAACUGUUCCAAGUUGCAUGCACAUUUUGUAAAACAAGACAGACAAGAAAAAAAGAGACUACAAUAAGUGUGUGUUAGUUCCACAAACUGUAGGCCAGCUUGUAUGUUGCAUGUACUUGUACAGUUUGCUUGUACUUGAUAUAAAUAGAUGAUCAAAUAAAAUGAAGCCAUUCAUUCCAUGUGUGGGCAUUUGGCCAGGUUCUGCCAUACACACAGGCCUUAUUUUGGGGCUGAAUGUCUACAAGUUUCUAAAUUCUUUAAACUUUUUUUUUUUUUUUUUUACCCUAUGGAUAAAUAAGUGCUGUACUGUAGUACUGAGCAAACACAAGGCCCUAUUUUAUUAAAGAUGUUGGUGGUGUUCACUGUAGUCUGUACUACUGUGGGGCUCAAACUAAGGUAGAUAACCUGUAUAAAAUUAGAGCUGUCUGUAUAUGGAAUAUGAUUAUGAUUAUACAAAACUCACAAUGACUUAGAGAUAUAUCAAUAUUAAAGAGGAGUGUAUCAAGUAAACAUCACUUACGUACAUGCAUAUAUUGUAAAUAUGAGUCUGCAAAGAAGUUUACUUAUAUUUACAAAGUGGCCCCAUUCAAGUUAAGUGAUCAGUGCUCUGUCUCUUGAUUCUGCUGAGCGGAAGAAGGGAUGCCUUCAAAGUUUAUUUUUUAUUCUGUUAAUUAUGCCCAAACUAACAAGAUAAAUUUGGACCUCUACUGAUCUGUUGCUUUAUCAUAAACACCCAUGACUCCUUGUUUCAAAGACAAGUUUACUUUAUAUGCCUAUUACGGGACUUAUUUACUUUGUCGGUAUUACUGAAGGAUACUGAUUGUUUACAGUUCAUGUGUUCCACUGAAACAAAAUUGAAAGUAUUCACUGCAACAUUUCUUGUUUGUACAGCAGACGUGGCUCAAAUAAUGUGUAUGUUUUAUAUUCAAGAGUUCAUUUUUAUUAUUUACAAAUAAAAGACUGUGUGGGAGAAA